AUGCAGCUGACCUCAAGUAAUUCUGGGAGUCAGAGUGUGGAUCAACUCCUUCACAUUCCAGCUACUGCCAGCAAUCACAAGAAGAAUCUGAUUGUUCUCAGCCUGGCCUUCCUGUUCAACUUCACCGCUUACAGCGCGCUGCAGAAUCUGCAGAGUAGCCUGCAUGCAACAGCCGGGGUAGCCUCCCUGGCGGUCAUCUAUGGUGGGAUCAUCAUCUCCAGUCUCUAUGCGCCUGCCCUCAUCCGAGCCAUCGGCACAAAAUGGGCCAUCACAGUGUGCAUCUUCUGUUAUACCCUCUUUACUAUCGCCAAUUACUACCCGAGAGAGUACACUCUGAUCCCAGCUGGCCUGAUACUAGGACUGGCUGGUGCACCGCUGUGGAUAUCUCAAGGAACCUAUCUCACAACCACAGCCACAAGCUACACUGACAUUAAGAACAAAGUUCCAGAGAAUGUCAUCAAUCAGUUUAAUGGCAUCUUUUUCUUCUUUUUCCAAGGGAGCCAAAUCACUGGUAAUCUUGUUGCUUCAUUGGUCCUCUACCCAAGUAGCAAUAUGAGUACCUUCAAUAAUGUCAGUCUGUGUGGGAAACACUCCUGUGGAUUUAGCAAUGAGUCAGAUGAAUACAAUGGUUCACACAUUGCACAUGGAACUAUUGUAACUCUGAUAUCGGUGUACCUGGCCUGUGGGCUCUUAAGCUGUCUCCUUGUUGGCCUGUUUCUCAGCAAGCUACAUGCUGCCAAUGCUGGCAUCAUCCAGAGUCUUCGGAGCAAUCGUUUGUCUUUGGUGAUUUUACCAAAGCUUUCAUCACUUGCACCAAUGGCAUUCACUAUGUUGGAUUUGUCAUGAUGGUCUUUGGUAUCAGUGAUGCCAUCUGUUCUUUCCUCCUUGGUCGUCUGGAGAAGUACUCCGGUCGUAUCACCAUCUUCACCGCUGGUGGAUUAACCCACAUGACCAUCAUUCUAAUGCUGAUGUUUGUCUGGACUCCCGAGAGCAACGGACCUCAGUUGUGGGAUCGGUUUGUCCUUGCAGCAUUUUGGGGAUUUGGUGAUGCUGUAUGGCAGACACAGAUAUCAUCUAUUUUGGGUGUCAUCUUCCCCGAGAAUCAAGAGCCAGCAUUUUCCAACUUCCGUCUCUUCCAAGCUGUGGGUUUCUGUAUCUACUUUGGGCUUUCCACUGCUGCCAUAAUCUGUGUCUCCCACAAGCUUAUCACCAUUGCAGCUGUUCUUUUCAUAGGACUUCUGUUGUAUUACACAGUAGAAUGGAAGAUACGUCAAGCCAUAUUAUACUAGGCAACACCCCUGGCAUUAGGAUGCACAUCACUGCUUUUUGACAUUUGGUCAUUUGGAGUCCUGGAUGUGGUUACAUUGGUUAAUUAAGGAUUAAGGAAAAAUUGAAGCCUAAGGGGUCAUGAAAUUCCCCGGGAAAAUGUAAAGAAGGCCUUUUUUGUGUCAUUGGAGCCGGUUAAAUUGUUACAUUAGAGGAGCUCUGUAUGUAAACUUCAAUAAUUAGGUCAUCAAAUAGGCCAUCAAUUUGUGUGAUCUUGUGACAUCCUGUGUACAUGUAACCAUGACGUAACUCACUGUUGCUGUUUGUGGUUAGGGUUCACAAAAUGUUCAUGCCACUUUUCCCAUGUAAAUGCUUUACUGUGGUCUUAUUUUUUACCAUGAGACAAAAUGAGAACAAUAAUUUGUGUAAAAGCCCCAAUAUUAAUCAGGUAAGGAUUUCUCUCCACAAAUAGCUUGACUUAAUUUCUUCCCUUGUACUCACUUGUGCAAGUGGAACUAAAUUCAGGUUGGCACUUAUGUGACAUCUCGAGUUUACUCACAGGCCUGGCCCAAUUGACAAAGCCCUCAUGUAUUGAAGAUAAUUACUUGAAGUAUCCCACAGUUCAAUGGGAAAGCAUGGUAGCCAAGUCAAAUACUGCAAAGGAAAGUUGACUAAGUUGUAAUUCAGGAUAAUAGUUUAAUGUAGUUGCAAAUCAGUCAAAGUCAACUAAGUUCUGUGAACGACAGGUAAGAAAUAUAUUUGAUGUCAGUUACUUUCUGUCACUGAGGUUUUUUGAAAAUUUAAUUGAUGUACCGUAUUACCAUUUGACCUUGUCUAGGCACUUUGGUACGUAACUUGAGUUUGUUCAUUAAGUAUUGCAUAUUGUGCAUGUCCACCUACGACAACACUACAGGUAAGCGUAAGGGAAGUUAUUAGCCUAUUUGAGGUAUUGCGGACACAGUACAAGGGCUCUAAUUGGUUUGGGUAAAAUCUUUUGUUUUGUCCAAAUUUACCGAAUACAAAUAGUUUCCUGUGUCCGUGAAGCUCCAAAAAGGCUCAUUGAACAUACUGUUUAUGUACAAGUAUGUCCCCAUUGUACUGGUGACAAAGACAGAGAGAAUGAGGCAGCAAUCAAACACCAUUAGGUGCCAUGUUCCAGUGUUAGACUUGAAGAAUCAGUCAAGGCCGAUUCAAGGCUGUCUGUUUUGAGUUAGUUUUCCCCCCAAAUUUUAUCAUGACAAAUUAACUACAAUGUUCAUGUGCUGUGGGCAUAGAUCAUUUAUGGGUACAAAAACUUGGUGCCGUACCUUGACUCCCUUAUGAUGUAAUGUGAGCUAAAUAGAUUUUGUAUCCCCAGGGAGCAUACUGUACUUAAUUUCAUACUUUUUGUGUUGUGGGAAUUAAGUUACAUGUACUCAUUGAAAGUGCGCCUUGAUUUUCCAAAGGGCCAGCAUUAGGCAUGCACGUUUGAUGGCUGGUCAGCAUGGCUGUUUGCAUGCAAUAACUUCUUGUGUGACACUGUGUAUGGGGUGGGCACGGAUAAUCUUUUUAAAUGCCACGUAUAGUCAGUAGAAGUGCCAUUUUUUAGUGCUUUUCCAGAGAAAUUACAUAUAUUAUGUGUUCCAGACUUUUUUCUUUCAUUUCUUGUUAAGAAAUGAUGACCUUCACUCACAAAUUUAUGUGGUUGGAUUUUUUGGCAACUGUACAACUACCUGUGAACUUCCCACUGUCUUACUUGAUUUUGUUUGGGGAUUAAUAGCCUGCAUUUGAGCCUUACCUUCUUGCAUUCUUGUUUUUGUCAGUGAAAUUUCUGAAACAUUAUUUUGCGGGAAUUGUAUGUAUUGAGAACAAUUCAAGUUUUCAUAGUUUUUUCUUUUGUGAUGGUGGGGGACUCCUUACUCUUACCCUAUCGAAAGAAUUGGAAUAAUUGAGUUUUGCAACACUUGUCAAACGAGAUGUAAUAUCCCCAGAUUUAUUACACUGAAAGUAACUAAUCAAUGAAAUAUAGCACUUGGUAGUUUUAUUAGACAAAAUAAGUAGGGAUAAUGUUAUGUCCAUGUCCAACUUUUCUUGUGAAUCUGGAUGAAUCGUGUGCGCCAGCCAACAAUGCUAAAAGUGGACCCCCAUUAUAGAGAAAAAUCACUUGUCGUGUACACUGUAGAUAGUUAUGUUAUAUGAGUAUGAUAGCUGGCCUUGGCCUCAGAGAUUGUGACCUCUGCCUUAAAUGGCAGUGACUUGGUUUUGGCCUUGGAGAUCCAGGACUCAAAUUCAGCCUUGAUCUCAAAGGUGUGUUCCCAACACACAAAUGUGCUACAGCUAUGGAAAGUCAUUACUUGUACCUGUACAUACUCCAUGCAACAUGUUAAUGAACAUCUGCAUGUUUGUGGUGUGUCACUAGUUUUGCCCAGGAUCCACUUCAAGUUGGACAAGAGAGGGCUUUGUUUUUAAAUGGCAACUAUCUCCUUUAGUUGGAACUCAGCACAUGCGCGUACAAGCUCCUAUGCGUUUGGUGCUGGGCAAGUGUGACCAGUAUGUGAAUGUACAGUGUUCUCUUGCCCGUGGAAGAGCUUUCCACUAACCUGUCUCUUACUUGCCUGUGAGGGUGCAUUUCAGUUCAAGGAGCAUAGUAGAAACAUGGGAUUACAUGUAUAUACAUGCACAUGCCAAAGUUGUGUUGACUGAAUACUUUUGAUGCAUUGGAACUUACCCUCAUCAAAUUUAAACAGGAAUAAAGCAUGUUUUUUUCCUAUUGCAAACAUUUUUUUAAAAACAUGUUUUAAAUGAUUGUAUUGGAACCGCUAAAAACAGGAAUAAAACAGGCUUUAAACAGGCUAAAAAUAGUGUGAAAGAAAUAAGUUUUAAUAAGGUUCCUUUUUUUUGAAACAAGAAUAAAACAUGUUUUAUUUAAAAAACAGUACAGGGACGAAAUCAAAUUUCUCACAAUCCUAAAGGUCACUCAGAGGUUACAGGAUGUGUUGUGAAGUCUGGGUAAGGUCAAGCCCCUCAGAAACCGCAAUAAGACAGGAUGUUUGCCUGAGAAAAAUUCUAAGUCCCCAAAACAGUAAGAAAAAGGACAUCAGACUUGAGAAUUUCUAAGUCCCCCCAAACAGUCAGAAAACAGGGCAGCAGGAUUGCAAAAUUUGUGCAGAAAUUUUGACAAGGGUUACAUUGUGCUUGGACAUAAUAUCAACCAAUUACCAACAAUUGGAUUGCUGUCAGAGUUUCUUGUCAGCGUCUUCUUUUGUUCAUGCGUGGAUUUUUUUACCAUAUUUGUUUCUCCAUCAUAUAUACACUGUGGAAUUUUAAACGUAAACUAUAAUUAAAAAUGAACUCUGCAUUCAAGCCUAAUUUCUCAACACAUUUUACUCAGGAAACUAAAUUGUCAAAAUCUGAGCAUACCUAAUGUUGUACUUUUUGUAGAAAUCUUAGUUUCCUCGGUGCACCCCUUACUUUACAUAGAUUCAAAAAGUUUGAAUAUUGUUAUUUUGAAGUGCUAUAGUCAUCAUCGUAUGUAUUUUAUUCAGACAUUGUAAUUAUUUUGCUGUCUAGUUGGAUUACUGGUAAUAAAACAGAGUGGAAUCAAGUAUAA